CACUGCCUCAAAGCGGGGCCUUUCGGCUAUCUUGCUCAAGCAUGAGGUGGGGCGCCGGCAAUUCCCGUCAAACGGGACGGGCGACAUGCGCGACCCCUGAAAUUUUUUUACAUUUUUCGAAAAUCCGUCCUUAGUAUCGCCAUAUUCAAUCCCACUCUGAUAUUAAUAAAGAUGAGCGCGGUUGCACCGUUUAAGAAAACGACCGAUGGUAUCCCACAGAAAAAGACCGACAGGUCAUAUUUGUAAUGCAAAAAUAAAUACACAGGAAAAUCUGUCAUGGGCGAGGCCAUAACAUCCUGUUUAGGGCAUGCAAUACAGAUUUUUUUGUCUAUUUAUUUUUGCAUUACAAAUAUGACCUGUCGGUCUUUUUCUGGGGGAUAGAUGGCCGCACGACCGACCCCCCCAAGGAAAUAAACCGAGAGCUGCCCGCCGGGAGCACGCGGGAAGAAGAUGGCAGCAGCUCUGCGCUGCCUCUUACUUCUAGCAGCGGGGGUGGUGGAGGUCCUACUGCAGCAGUACCUCCACGAGGCGGCGGGUCCUCAAGACAAGAAUCCACUUCCAUCACCGCACGACAGACGCAGCAACCAGCAACAGAACUGGAGGACUUCACAACGGCAAACAGUACCACUACAACAGCGACAAACCAUAUCAGCGAAAAAAACAACAAACCCUUCAGUACCUCGGAUAAAAUUUUGGACGUUUUGAAUAGCGAGCGAAAUAAUACAGCUACCUCAGCGACGGCGGGUCGUGGUCGUCAUUUACUUGCGGGCAGAGGAGAUUCUUCUUUCGCAACCACGUUUCUUCCUACUGCUACUUCUGUGUCCCCGUAUGACUCGGUUUUGAACCUCGACGGCCGACGGGUUUUGACCUGGAAUGACCAAAGCCUGGUUUACGGCGAGGGGGGUACUAGUACAACUGCUGUUCAAGAAACGCAAGAACAGCGGGGACCCACAGCUUCAACCUCCCCGAAUAACAUCACAACCACAACAAAAAUCGACGAGAGCAAAGUCAGUUUCAAAGACCUCGCUGAGUUUUACCAAAAGCAGUGCUACCAGCUCUCCGUCCCCUGCAGCGGGCAGAUUGUGCUAGGACUCAGGUUGGGCUUGGAAGAACUCUCGUUCUCCGUCAACGGUUUAACAACUGGGGGGAGUAAUCAUGGGAACAACAACAUCUUCGCUGGACCAAAUUUUCUCACCCCCGGCGCCGAUAAUGAGGGGUAUGGAGGUGGUGCAAGUGCAAAUGGAACAACAACAUCAAUAUCCUGAGUAAAAACGUACCCACACCAGAGUUGUAAUGCAGAUUUGCAAAGACAGGAAGACUUGUAAUGCGCAUCCCCAUGAGAGCCCUUUCCAGUCGUGUUUUGGAAUUUGUGACGCUGUGAACAGGAUGAGCAGCUGGAUUUGUGACGCGGCUGCACUUGCUAACCUGCACUACACUGCAGAGCUCAGCUUGUCAUGCGUGACUCACAAAACUCCUAGGUUUGUGUUGCAGAAUCCUCAUCCUAACUCUGGCGUGGGUACGUUUUUACUCAGGAUAAUCAAACACCAACCCCUACUUUCAACAGUCCGCGUCUCCCCUGUCCCUCUGCCCUCUCCUCAAGUGUUUUUCCGCGAUGCCAAAUUGCCUAAAAUUCGUCAAAGCUUUGGAUUUCCGUC